AAAAUCCCAAGAGUCAGAGAAAAAACCCUAAAUCCACCAGAAGGACGGCAAACCGAAACAAACAUUGUUCACUGUUCCAAAGUUUUCACUGACGAAUCGAAUUGUAAUCUCCUUUUCCCUUUAGGAUUCAAUCUCUCUCUCUCUCUCUCUCUUAGUUUCUUACUUGAAGGGACCCCGAUCAAUAAUGCCGCCGAGGAGAAAAGCAAAGAAGGGUGUCAAGCGCACUGAAGAAGACAAGAAGGAAGAAGACAAAGAGAUUCAAAUAGAAGAGAAGAAGAAAGAGGACUUUGUGGACGAAGAAGCUGAAAGACAAGCUGUUGCAAUAAGGGCGAUUCGUGAUGUGGAGAUUGAACACACUUUAACUGCACUCAGCUUGCUCUGCUCCUAUUUUACCGAGGAACAGAUUCAGACUCCUGUCUUGGGCUUCUUUAAAGACAAUCUUCCUGAUUUGUCCAUUGCGAGGAACGAAGAAAGUGGGGAGAUUGAGUUAAAGUGGAAUGAUUCAGAUGGCGUUGACGUCAAUGAUUCUAUACUGAAGCGCUUGUCCAUGGGUUUCCCUGAUUUAUACAACUCUUCUAGGCCUUCUCUUGGUGGCUACAGUAACGUGGAAGGAAGCAUGUUAGGAACUGGUAACACACACCUCAAGAAUCUUGGGACAUCUGCGAAUCAAAUGCUUGCAAGCCAUGAUGCUCUUAGGACUCCCGUGGUAAAUGGGCAGAGGCUCUCUUUUGGAAUGACACCAAAGACUCGGAGGCAACCAAAACAUGGAGAGAUAAUGCUUUCUGUACAUGGCUCUCCUUUGGGUGUCUAUAAAGAAGAUGACAACAUGGGAGCUAUUAAUGAAGAAGACAGUUGAAGAUUUGCUUCAAAAGGUUCAGAAACUUGCUGAUUCUCAUUUAGUCUAAGCUAAGCUAAUGUUUGCUGUGCAUGUCUAUUCAGAUUUCAUAAAUUAUGUUAGUAUAUAUAUGAAAAUUCUGCCUUGUAAUUUACCAUUUGUUUCCUCUCUUUUAUCUAACUAUUUUAUAAUC